CCCGGUGGGUGCCUGAUCGGCAUCAGCUUCCAGUUUCGUGUGACGUUGAAACUUGUCGCAGACGGCUCUUCUUCAGAGGCUGCCAGUGUCGGUCCUGCGAACCGUUACAAGCAAGGGAUAUCCGAUGGGAUGGAGGAGGGGGGGGGGAAGAACAUCGAGGGGAUUCAACGGCUGGCGAGAACAAAAUGACCCAGAGAGAGGGGGGAUGUGAGGUAUCACCUGUGGAUCAUCGCAGCCGUAAGGCAUGGAUGGCCAAAAUUAGGGAAGAAAAGGGAGAGACUAGAGAGGGCGAGAGGGAGAGAGACACAGAGAGAAGGGAAGACGGGAAUGUGACAGAUGCACAGACAGGCCCGGUGGAGUCUCUCCCCCCCCCCACCACCAGUCAGCAAUCCGCAAUCAACAACGUCGGGGCCUCGGGUUGGCUUUGGAACACAUCACAUCCGGAGCAUGGCCGACCUUCUCGACCCUCGAUCGGUCAUCUUCCUUCGCUCAUGGAAGUCAUACAGUGUCGACGCCCUUGCCGGUCCUUCCCAGCAUUUCGGGUCGAUCAUUACGAUGGAAGCCGGAGAUUCUACAAUCUGAAGUCGCCCCCGUUCAAUAAUAAAUCCAAGACGGUAGAAAUCCGGCCAACGGAUCCCCCCAACAGCUCAAUGGCUGUGCCGGGGAUCGCUAUCGAUGGAGCAAGCAAAAAUACCCGAUUUGGUGGUGUUGUAUAUUCUUAGUAGCCAAUCCACCCCGGAGCCUUGACUAUCGACGGCGAGGGAAAAGCCAAACAAAGAAUGAGCCAGGCCAAAGUAUCUACCUCUCGACUAUCCAUCCAUCCUCACUCCCCUGGGCCUGUCGAGGAUCAUCAAUCAGCCCGCCCCUGAUUCUGCAUCCAAGAAUGGGCCACCGCGCUGUCGGGGACUGACGACAUGUUUGCUUCUCCUCCGGCCCGAACUAGCAGAAGCAGAGGAAAAGCAUGGACGCCGUACUCCGUAAGUAAGAAAGAGAUAGAUAGAUAGACUGGCCGAUG